AUGUGCAGUACGGAAGAGGUAAACACGUUACAGCAGCAGCAGCAGCCUCUCGGCAUGGAGGACGCCGACCAAGGUAAUGAAGAGAAGCAGGCCUUGCCCUUGUCUUCCAGCUCGUCGACGGACCGGUCCUCGUCGUCGCGGUCCCCGCACAGCUCGUCUGACCUGGAGGAGCUGCAGCGCAUGCCGCUGGUGCCGCCACGGUGGAAGAACCGGAAGCGGCUGACGAAGCAGCUGUCCAUGUGCGAGACCCCCCGCGACAUCGCGUGGGAGAAGCGACGGCGCCAGAUCCUCAGGAAGAGCGGCCUCGGCGACAUCACGGAUGAGGACCUGAACGAGCUCAAGGGGAGCAUCGAGCUUGGGUUCGGCUUCAAGGAGGAGGACGGGCAGAAGCUGUGCAACACGCUGCCGGCUCUCGACCUCUACUUUGCGGUGAACCGGCAGCUCUCCCUGAGCCCCGUGUCGACGCCGCAGAGCCAAGGGCUGUCAUCGCCAACCUCGCCCGGCGGGCGGUCCUCGUCCUUUGAUAGCCCCAUGAGCGACCCCGACGCUUGGAAGAUCUGUAACCCAGGUGAUGAUCCUCAGCAUGUGAAGACCAAACUGAGGCACUGGGCUCAAGCCGUGGCGUGCUCUCUAAUGCAAUCAUCCUGA